CUGCACAGGACAAAGCUGAGCGGCGCGGCGCUGCGCGCGCAGACAUACUAGGAGCCAAAACGAGGGAUAUUUUACGCACACAGAGAAACGUGCUUUAUAUUAGGAAAGCGACAGAAUAAACUUUUGCAUUUGUCGCGAGUGCACUGCAACUCAGAGACGCAGUCAGAAGUAAUGCUCAUGAAUAUUUUCACCUUUUCAACAGCCAGCUUUUCCCCCCUUUAGUUUGUGUGUGUGAGUGUGUGUGUGUGUGCGCGCGCGCGCGCGCUUUUUUUCCUUCUCCUCCUUGUUCGAGAGUAAACAAUGAGCAUCACUCAGGCUCGCUGAUGCUGAAGUUAGACCGCGCGCGAACGGAUGUGAGGAAAGGGUGCAGGGAGAGACUCAACCCCCUUCUUUCUUUCUUUCUCUCCCUCUUUCUUUUUGUGUUCGCUUAAACAAUAGACAGAGAGCGAGUCACUCACUGCGAACCUGCGUUCAUGCCGUCAGUGCCGCACACUCUGACAUGGACGUGAGAUUUUAUCCGGCUCCCCCUUCCAGCGUGGGCACCGUGGGCUCCUGUUCUUUGCCCGCCGACCCUAGCUGCCUCGGCUCCUUGGACUAUUACCACUGCAACAAGAGCAGAUACAGCGCAGGCGAGCGCGGUGUUAGGCUUCUGCACGGCGCCCUGCCGAUGGGCCCCAACCCUGACGAGAAAAGACUGCCCUCUGCUGGGUUUGAUGGUGACAACAUGUACAUGAAUGAAAAUAACCGGGAGUUUCUUUCUCCAAAUCAGAACUACUCCGGUCAGGGCGGCGGUAGCAGCGGCGGCAGCGGUGGUGGCGGCGGCGGAGACGAGGACUACGAGAUCCCUCCCAUUACGCCUCCCAACCAUCCGGAUCCCUCCCUCCUUCACCUGAUGGACCCGGAGUCCAGCUAUCUCUGCCACUCGCUCCCCCACAAUGGCCUGAUCAACCCGUACAGCUACCCGGAGCUGCCCGCCAUCAUGAUGUCCAACAUGCUGGGGCAAGAUGGACAUCUGCUCUCUGGCCAGAUGCACUCCAUCCAGGAGAUGACUCGCCCAGACGGCUCUCAUUAUGACGCCGCCCGUCAGGGGCCCCUGAUAAACAGGCCUAGGAUACUGUCCCAUCAUAUGGGCGCUCUGUCCCAGCUGAACUCUCAGGUUGGCCUGCGAAGUGCCCUUACCCAUGGUUCCCCCUCACCUCCGGGAAGUAAAUCAGCCACGCCCUCCCCCUCCAGCUCCGCCCAGGAAGAGGAAGCUGAUUCCCAUUCCAAGAUCACCGGGGAGAAGCGGCCCUCAUCGGAGAUCAUGAAGAAACCCAAGCCGCAAAAGAAGAAGAAGAAGAAGGAUCCAAACGAGCCUCAGAAGCCCGUCUCGGCCUACGCGCUCUUCUUCAGGGACACGCAGGCCGCCAUCAAGGGCCAGAAUCCUAACGCCACCUUCGGAGACGUCUCCAAGAUCGUGGCCUCCAUGUGGGACAGCCUGGGGGAAGAGCAGAAGCAGAGCUAUAAGAGGAAAACGGAGGCCGCCAAGAAGGAGUACCUGAAGGCCCUGGCCGCGUACAGAGCCAGCCUGGUUUCCAAGACCUACAGUGACCCAGUGGAAACGAAAAGUGCCCAAACAAGCCAGCCUUCACACAUGAUGCCACCCAAGCAACCCCUGUACAGCGUGCCACCCCAGCCCUCCUCCCCCUAUCUGGGCCCGGGCUCCUUCCCUCUGUCCGACCUGCAGAGCUACGGCGGUCCCUCGCGACACAGCCUCUCUCGGCCCCUCAGCCAGUCGCAGAUGCUGAACAGCAUGAGUGCCUCCUCUCCGCCCUCCUCCUUCCAGAUCAGCCCACCUCUGCAUCAACAGCUGUCGCUGCACCAGAGCUCCAUCCUCAACCAGCCGCUCCACAUGCAGCAGGUCCAGUCACAGCCGAUCAUCUCCCAUCAGAUGGGCCUCCAGCCCCCUCUUCACUCUCCUCCUGGUCAGCAGGGGUUCUCACACAUGCAGUCGGAGUACCCCAGCAGUGUUGGCUCUCAGUCUCCAGGGGCUCCCAACCCAGUUGGGGGCCAGAACCCCGAGUGGGACAGUGAAUACUGCAAUCGGGAGUGUGGAGGAAGCCACUGCAGCAGUAACAUGGUAGCAAGGGACAAGCCUCUCUACCUCACUUGAAGCCGGAGGACCUUGAACAGAAAAGACACCAGGGAUCCCCCCACCCAGCACCACCAUUUUAACUUGUCUCUCUUAUUUUUAUUUAUUUAUUUUUUUUUUGGCAGUCUUGUUUUCUAAGGAUUUCACGCGAGUCCUGAAGACUACUAGUGAGCCUUUUUUGCCAAGCACUUCAAAAGUGCAGCGUUCGCCCAGGACCCAACCCAGCACUCCUGCGCUAUGUCAUUACAACCCAGAAAGACAAAAAAAAACAAAACAUGGGCAGACUUUUUGGCCAUCAUUCAGCUUUAAUACAUAAAAAAAUACCGUCUUUUGUCGAUCGCUUUCCGUUUUGCUUUUCUCGUUUUACUCAAGUCCUGCUCGCCACACGCUUCGCCAUGGACAGUCCCUGUAGGGAGGCGUCAGCACAGGCCUUGGUGUUUGGUGGAGGACAUCAACUCUGCAACAGGUUUACCUCUCGAAGAGUAGUGGAUCCAUGCACUGGGGCAAAGAAUGCGAAAGGAAAUGGAUUUUAAAAGAGUACAUUCAUUGACGAGUUGUUUUGUAUGAUACAGCACCUGAUACAGUAAAGUAAACGGAUCUCUCACAGCGUGAUUGUAAAUAUCACUUUUGCAGGAUCCAACUGGGAAUCUCGAGUCCAGAUGUGUUUUGCUUUCUUUUUAGUACUAGCUGUAAUUCCUCAACUUUCAUUUGAAGAGAUGUGUUUUGUGAAUUUGAACUUGUGCAGGGUGAGUCAAUGAAGGAUUUUGCACACACUAAAAUCUCGCGUUAAAACUGUGCUCAUCGGUGCGUCUUUCCAGGACGAGACGUAUUAAGACUAUGAAAGAUCUAGUGUGGCAGCAGUCUUUAAAGGAUCCGUGAGAAAGAGACUCGCCUUUCGUGUGCGACGGUGCGCCGCGGCAGCUCUCACGUAGGAAUUCCCGCGUUCCGGAGUUGUGGAGAACGGCGCUUCUGCUCCUCGUUCACUUUCUCUCCCUCUUUGUUUGAUCGACUCUCAGCCCCCAACACAACUUGUACAGGUGAAUAGAAAAAAGCUAAAUGUGAAAUGUUACUAAAGAUAAACAUAAACAGUGGGUUUAUAGUUUUUGAGUAGUUUUACUAGGUGUUUUAGAAUUGUGUUGAACUCAUCUUUAUAAUUUUUUGUGGAGAAAAAAAAUACUGCAUUUUAUUUCUAAGGCAUACAUUUAAUUAUUCACUGUAGCACACGUUUAAGUUUUGAAGAAUGGAUACUGGGGAAGGCAUCUCAUUUGUGUAAAAACCUGCCAAAUGUACUUCUUUUAUUUGUAAAGCCAGUGAAAAGAAUCAGUUAUAACUGUUGUACUGCAUUACAGUUUUUUUCCCUGCAACAUGCCCUCUUCUAUUUAAUUUUAUUGACUGGUUUCUUAUCUAUUUAUGAACAAUAUGAAGUAACGUUUUGGCUCGUUUUUUUUUUUUUUUUUCUUUUUUUUC